AUGUUACCAAAUGGAGAAGAUGAUUCGGAUCUCAUGCGUCUGGUUAAGGAGCUUCAAGCUUCUCUAAUGAGGAAUGAUAAGCUGGAGAAGGAAAAUAAUGAGCUGCGUCAAGAAGUCGUCCGCCUAAGAACACAAGUAAGCAAUCUUAAAGCACAUGACAACGAGAGGAAAGCAAUGUUGUGGAAGAAGUUGCAGAGCUCAUAUGAUGGCGGCAACACAGACGGAUCAAACCUGAAAGCGCCAGAGGCAAAGAAUCCAAACCCAAAGCCAAUGGUCAAAGAACAGUCUACAGGUAUAAACAGACCGCCGCCACCUCCACCACUACCAUCAAAAACAACACUUGGAAAAAGGUCUGUGCGGCGUGCGCCAGAAGUUGUAGAGUUGUAUCGUGCCCUCACCAGGAGAGAGUCUCAUACGGACAACAAGAUCAAUCAGAAUGGAGUUUUGUCUCCUGCAUUCAGCAGAAACAUGAUUGGUGAAAUCGAGAACCGCUCCAAAUAUCUUUCCGAUAUCAAAACUGAUACUGACAGACACAGAGAACAUAUCCAUUUGUUAAUCAGUAAGGUGGAGGCUGCAACAUUUACAGACAUAUCAGAAGUGGAAACGUUUGUGAAAUGGAUAGACGACGAACUAUCUUCCUUGGUUGAUGAAAGGGCAGUCCUAAAGCAUUUCCAAAACUGGCCCGAACGCAAAGCAGAUUCCCUAAGAGAAGCUGCUUGCAAUUACAGAGGGCUAAAGAACCUUGAAACCGAAAUUUUGUCAUUCAAGGAAAAUCGAAAGGAAUCUCUUAAGCAGGUCUUGCAAAAGAUUCAAUCGUUACAAGACAGGUUAGAAGAAACUGUUAACAACACAGAGAAGAUAAGGGACAGUGCAGGGAAGAGAUACAAGGAUUUUCAGAUACCGUGGGAGUGGAUGCUCGACGCAGGAUUGAUUGGACAGCUUAAAUACAGCUCGAUGAGGCUAGCUCAGGAGUACAUGAAGCGAGUAAUCAACGAACUGGAAUCAAAUGGAGGCGCUAAAGAAGGAAAUAUUAUGCUUCAAGGGGUCAGAUUUGCCUACACAGUACACCAGUUUGCUGGCGGUUUUGACGGAGAAACAUUACACAUAUUUAAUGAGUUAAAGAAGAUCACUACAAGUGAACCGAGAAGAUAAACUGUUGACAACUUAGAAAAAUCGGAGUUGAUUUUGGGUAUAAAAGACUUGUGUGGUCUAGUGCAACAACUAAGAGAGUGAACCAUGUUGUAAUUUAGCUUUUAAGAUUACGCAUUAGACAUAAGAAACUAGAGCUAAAUUAUUGUACUAUUCAAGUCUUAGUUGCUCUUUGUAUUAAUGUCUAGAAACUAAAUUGCAGAUAUCAAUACACAACACCACUAGGGUUAUAAAUAAAGGUAACAGGGGAAAAACAGCCUUCACUGAUCGAUCUGCGUCCUUUCAACAUUUUUCUGAACAUUUUGAAGCACAUGCAUCAGAAUAAAAACUAUCAAACACAUUAUCCAAUAACACAAUCCAUCUUAAGACCGAUUAAAUUUUCGAAGGCGAGAAGUCGACUAAACAGACACCAAGUCUCAACCCGUCGGAAAGAUUCCGGCGAAAACGGAAAGGAGAGGA